AUGUCUUGUAAACAGGCAGCAAAAUAUUUUCCAAUUAUUAAAAAUAUUGCUUUACAACCAUCUUCCUAUAAUGGAAAAAUUGUUCUUGUUACAGGAGGUGGAACUGGAAUGGGUAAAGCAAUGGCUAAAACUUAUUCUUAUCUUGGAGGUGAUGUAGCUAUUGCUUCAAGAAAAUUAGAUGUUUUAGAGGAUGUAGCAAAAGAGAUUGAAAAUGAAACUGGGAAAAAAGUUUUACCUAUCAAGAUGGAUGUAAGAAAUUCUAAAGAAAUAAAAAAUGCCAUUGAUGAAAUUGAAAGUAAUUUUGGUAAUACUCCUAAUGUUGUUGUUAACAAUGCUGCUGGAAAUUUUAUUUCUCCUACUGAAAGAUUAAGUGAAAAUGCAUUUAAAACAGUUAUGGAAAUUGUUCUUCAAGGAUCAUUUAACGUAACAAAUGAAGUUGGAAAAAGAAUAAUUAAGAAAGAGGAUCGUACCUGUUCUUUUCUCUAUAUAUCUACACCCUAUUGUAGAAAUUCAGCUGAAUUUGUUGUUCCUAGUGGAUGUUCUAAAAGUGGAGUUGAAACAUUGGCAAGAUCUCUAUCUUCAGAAUGGGCAAAAUAUGGAAUGAGAUUUAAUGUCAUUGCACCAGGUCCAAUUCCAACAAAAGGUGCAUUUGGAAAUUUAUCUAAUCUUAGUAUGGAAGAAACAAUUGAGUUAUUAUCAAAAGCUAUUCCUGUUGGAAGAUGUGGAGAUGUUCAGGAGAUAGCUAAUUUAGCUUCAUUUAUAACCAGUGAUUUUGCCAGUUGGUUAAAUGGAGCAAUUAUUGACUUUGAUGGAGGUCAAAGAUUUUUCCACCAUCCAAGUGCAUUAGGCAAACAACUUCACAAAAUUUCAGAUAAUGAAUGGGACAAAAUUACAGAAGCAAUAAAGAAAAGAAAGUAA